AGACAAGUGAGAGGAGCUCCCAGUCCGUCAGCACCGACACACCGAGCAGCAGGAGAACAAACAAACAAACAAACUACAACUGAAUUAAAAAUCAAAACUACAAAACAAGAAGAAGAAGAUAAGAUGGUGGCCAAACAGAGGAUCCGCAUGGCGAACGAGAAACACAGCAAGAACAUCACUCUGAGAGGAAACGUGGCCAAGUCAACGAGGAACAUCACUGAGGACAAAGGUGUGGGUCCCUGGCUGCUCGCGCUCUUCAUCUUUGUCGUCUGUGGAUCAGCCAUCUUCCAGAUCAUCCAGAGCAUCAGGAUGGGCAUGUAGUGACCUCAUCAGAAGGGGGCGGGAACACCUGGGCGAGCGGCUCAAAGUACGAUGACAUUGUCGCCCCGACCUGAACCCACCGGAACAUUCCUGAACUCUGACAGCCAUCUGCAGCCUGACCUGCAUGCACACACAUACACACACACAACCACAAUGACCAAACCCUGCCCCCAUAGACCCCCGUCCUCCUGUUGUCUGUUGAUUUAAGGUGUCGUUGCCGCCGACCUUCUCACAGUCUCUCUGUCAGUAAACAAGCCAUACACGUGCCUUUCUCUGUUUACCUGUGUUUUAGCCCCGCCCCCUCUGAUUACACCUUAUCAGUGGACAUGAGGGGGAGGGGCAGCGGGGGAGUCAGAGUCCGACCUGCAGCAGAGUUUCACUCAAACCAAAAUCUGUGUCUUCUUCACAUUCCAGCUCAGAGUCUGAUCUCAGAUCUGAUCUCCUCCUCUUCCUCCUCCUCCUCAGUGUAAUGUAAUGAGAUGAAGGUCUUUUGAAUCAGAAGCUUUGGAGGUGUUGACAGGUGUGUCUGCACCGUGUGCAGCUUCACCUGAACAAAUCGUGUUCACUUAAUAAAGUUUCAUUUUGAAGAUGG